AUUAUACCAUACUAAGUCCCGUGGUUCAACAUAUACAUAAUUUACUGUAUAGUGAAAAACUGUAAAAGCAGAGGUGUUUCGUGUUAAAAAAACCCGGGAUAUAUAUUUGUUUUUAUUGAAGUCAGUGGAGAGUUUCAUUUCGAAAAUGAUGGAUUUGUUUAAUAAGUGUCUCCUAAUAUUUGUUAUAUGGACUUCACUGCAUUUGUCUGCAGGAAUACGUCUUUACUUGAAUCCAAGAACCAGUGAUGGCAAUAAGGUACAGGUGGGAGAAACAAUGGUAUUGGUUUGCCGCGUUGAAGAUGAACGAAAACGAACUCAGAAUAUUAGGUCAGUAGAGUGUUUGCGGGGCAGUACUUCCGUAUGCCUGUUUCUACUGCAGGGUGGAGGGUGUACAGGAGAAGAGCAGGAGCCUGGCUAUCAGUGUUCAUGUGAAGUAAAUGCAAGGUCACCCCUUGAAAUAAAAUUCAAAGCAAAACGAGAAGAUGUGGAGCCAUGGAAAUGCAAAACUAAAAGACGUACCAGCAACAUUCUUAACCUCGACGUCUUAUGCAAAUCCACCUGA